ACUAGUUUAUAGCAAAAGUUUCCAAUAGCCUCCAGGAGCACUCAAAUGGCCUCUUUAUCAUCAUCUUUAUCUUCUUUUUAUUCAACGACCAGAUGGAAACACGACGUUUUUCUUAGUUUUUCUGGCAAAGACACCCGCAAUGGUUUUACCGAUCAUCUAUAUGAUGCUUUGCAAAAGAAUGGCCUUGAUGUCUUUAAGGAUGACAAAAAACUCGAGCAAGGAACAUUCAUUAAUUCAGAGCUUAUGAAAGCAAUAGAAGAAUCCAAAUAUGCAAUCACAAUUCUCUCAGAAAAUUAUGCUUUUUCGACGUGGUGCUUGGAUGAAUUGGCCAAAAUUGUUGAAUGCAUGAAAGAGACAGAACUAAUAAUUUUGCCUGUUUUCUACCAUGUCAAUCCUUCUGAUGUGCGAAACCAGAGGAUGACUUUUGAACAAGCCUUCGCUAAACAUGAAACAGAUGUCAAGGUCAACAAAGAGAGGAUGCAAUUGUGGAGAGAUGCUUUGAGAGAAGUGGGAAAUAUCUCUGGAUGGCAUUUACAUGACAGGCCUGAAUCAGAAGCCAUCCAAGAAAUCAUUAAAAAAAUUCAUAAUGAGUUGCAUUAUAAAAUCAUUAGUAUUCCGAAGGACCUUGUUGGAAUGAACUCCUGCAUGGAAGAAAUGGGUAAGUUAUUAGGUACAAGGUUGGAUGAUGUUCAUUUCAUAGGGAUUUGGGGGAUAGGUGGAAUAGGGAAAACGACUCUGGCAGAAGUUGUUUAUAACAAGAUUUGUUAUCGAUUUGAAGCUAGUAGUUUCAUUGGUAAUGUUAGAGAGGAAGUUGCAAUUCAUGGUCUAGUUUCUCUACAAAACCAAAUUCUUUCUGAGAUCUUAAAGGAAAAAGAAGUCAAUAUACGAGAUGUUCGCAGGGGGAGAAAUAUGAUAGCUAAUAGAUUGCAAAAAAGAAAGGUUCUCAUUGUUCUGGAUGAUGUAAAUGAAGAUAGACAAUUAGAAGCAUUAGCAGGGAGUCAUGAUUGGUUUGGUCAAGGGAGUAAAAUCAUUAUAACAAGUAGAGAUAAACAGUUGCUCAAAAGAAACAAAGUGGAUGAUAUAUAUACGGCAAAGGGACUAAAUAAAGAUGAAGCUUUGAAGCUCUUCUCUUUGAAAGCCUUUAAGAAACCUUCUCCUGAAGUAAAUUGUGUGGAUCUGUCUAACAAAUUGGUGGAAUAUGCUCAAGGCCUUCCUUUAGCUCUUAAAGUGUUGGGUUCCUCUUUGUUUGAUAGAACAAUCGAUGCCUGGAAAGAUGUCCAUGAUCAACUUAAAAAGGAUCCUAAAAGAGAAAUUCUAGAUGUACUUCAAAUAAGUUUUGAUGGGCUAGAAGAUAGGGACAAAAAGAUAUUUUUAGAUGUUGCGUGUUUUUUCAAAGGGGAGGAAAAAAAUCGAGUAGCAAAUAUAUUGAAAGAUUAUAGUUUCCACAUGGCAAUAGAAAAUCUUAAAGACAAAUCUCUCGUAUACAUUUUUGGGAGAAAAUUGUUAAUGCAUGAUUUGUUACAAGAAAUGGGUUGGGAGAUUGUUCGUCGUGAAUCACAAGAGCGUGGAAGACAUAGUAGGUUGUGGUUCAAUGAAGAUAUCUUUUAUGUAUUGAGGAAUGAAACUGGAACUGAAUUAGUUGAAGGGAUGAUGCUGAACUCACCUCCACAUGAAGAAGAAAACUUGAAUGCCAAAACCUUCUCAAUGAUGAAAAAACUAAGUUUGCUUAAAAUCCAUAAUGUACAGCUUCCUCAAGGCCUCAAUUAUCUUUCUAAUGAGUUACGCUUGCUGGAAUGGCAUGGGUAUCCUUUGAAAACCAUGCCAAUAUCUUUUCAACCAAAGAAACUUGUUGAACUCAUUAUGCCUCAUAGUCACAUCAAUCAACUACCAGAAGGAUUUAAUAACUCACCGGAGAUAAAACUCAUCAACCUUAGUGACUCCCAAUACUUAAAAGAGACUCCUAACUUCAUUGGACUCCCAAAUCUGGAGAGGCUGGUUCUUCAAGGUUGUACAAGUUUGCGUGAGUUUCACCCGUCUGUUGGUGCUCUCAAUCGGCUUACUUUGUUAAAUCUGAAAGAUUGCAGAAGUCUUAAUAAACUUCCAUUGGAAAUCAACUUGGAAUCUCUUGAAAUUUUUAUUCUAUCUGGCUGCUCAACACUGAAGAAGUUUCCAGAUAUUGGAAAAAAUAUGACACGUUUGUUGGAACUUUAUUUGGAUGGGACUGCCAUAGAAGAAUUGCCACCAUCAAUUGAGCAUUUUACUGGUCUGUCAUUGUUGAGUCUUAAGGAUUGCAAAAGACUUUCAAGGUUUCCAAGAGUCGAUCUUCCAUCUCUUAAAACUCUCAUUCUUUCAGGAUGUAAGUUUCAACCACCUAAAUCCUGGCUUUCUCAUGGACUCUCCGUCAUCCGUGCUCCACAUGUUUUAAAUUAUUUCCUCCCUACCCUUGAGCCCUUCAACCAGUUAUCUGGGUUAAGUUUAGUACAUUUAGACCUAAGUGACUGCAGUUUAUUGGACGGAGCACUCCCUGAUGAUCUUACUCGCUUAUCUUCAUUACAAUAUCUGAAUUUAAGCAAAAACAAUUUUACACGCCUUCCUGGUAGCAUGUCUCAACUAUCUAAGCUUGUAGAUCUUAAUUUGAAUGACUGUAGUAAGCUGCAAUCAUUGCCAAAUCUUCCACCAAGUAUGGGACUUGUAACGGCACGAAGAUGUACUUCACUGGCAAACUACUCAAACCAACAAUUCAUCAUGAGUUGGACUUCGGGUGAAAGAGGUGUGGCCAUAGUAGAUUGUCGCAGUGAUAAAUCCGAAACUGAAUUUGGUUUUGAUACAGUUGAUGGUCCGUGGAACCCUAUCGGCUUCGAUCAAUUUUUUAAAAUAGUUCCAAAGAUUCGUCGUCAAUCCCUAAGUUUUUGCCUCGAUAGUGAUUUAAUUGAAAUUCCAGAGUGGUUCAACUACCGGAGCCCUGCAGGAUCACCUGUAGAAAUACCAGUAUCUUCUAAUCCGUGUGACAAUAAUAGUUGGAGCGGAAUUGCUUUCCUUGCAAUUUCUGUGACACCUGAUAUUUCUUAUGGAAAAGAAUUCUUAAUACAUAUUAAGAUUACUUGUCAUUCGGACAUGGUUGAAGGUCUUGAAAGUUGUACCCGUAAACUUCCUAUACACUCCAAGGUCUGCCGGGAUAGUUCAUUUGCAUAUGGCAGAUACAUACCGGCUAGGAAACUUAUUGACGAUUUAGACGAAUACAGUUUCAUUAGUGUUUCAAUUACAAGCAACCACCCUCAUAUUGUUUUCAAAUGUGGUGCGCGUAAAGUGAAUGUGGAAGAUCUGACUGAGUUUGGACACGUAAUAAGAAAAAAUUAUCCACAUGUUGGAAGUUCCACAGAAGAUCACCCGGUUGUAUCAUGUCAAAGUGACAGGAAGAGAGAUCUCGAAUCAUUACUUUUAGGAUUGUAUCAGGGAGACUGGGCGAAAAACCACAAAUAUGAUUAUAUCAUUCCUUAUAAUUCAGUUCCUGCCUGGUUCCGUAAUCAUCGUUUUUGUUCCAGCAUAAGAAUUAGGCUACCUAGAAAUUUGAAAUCUGAUGAGAGAUGGAUGGGAAUAGCUGUAUGUGCUCAUUAUACUGUAGAUAAGCAACUAGCUGGUUCUGAUGACCAAAAGGAUUUAACAAGUUUUCUCUGCUUUUAUAGUAGUUUGCCUAGUCAUCAAAUUCGUCUCACACGUCACAAAGUUUUCCAGGACUCUGAAGACAUUUUUGUGGAUUCGACACAUCGGAUUUUAGUAUAUUAUAUACCCCAGAUGUCACUUCAGUUGCGAGGGUGUAGUCACUGUUGUCACAUUGGGGCUUCAUUUGAACCUAAAAAUCCAGGUGUGCAGGUUAAAGAGUGUGGAAUCCAACUUGUGUUUGAGCAAAAUGUUGAAGAGUUUGUGCAGACAUUGGUCUGGAUGCGUCAACCUAUGCCAAAUAUAGCAGAGCACUGUACCUCUCCAGAAUCAUUUUCAAAUCCACAAAUUGAUGUAGGGACGUCAAGAAAUUUUAGUCCCUCUGUUACUGGUUUUCUCAUACCAACAAGGAAAGCGCAACAUGGAAGCAUUAUGUCAAGUGAAUCUUCUAUCAAAGCAUGUUUACAGAAAAAUUGCGAAGAUGGGGAAAUUCUCCACGGCUAUUCUGCUGAGCGUGAAAUCCCACAGUGGUUUUGCAAUCAAACUAAUGGGCGUGCAGUGAAAUUACCGCAACCUCAAGAGUUGUGUAAUGGUCCUGAUUUGAUGGGAUUGGCACUAUGUGGUCUUUUUCACUUUACCCAGCAUCCAACUGCUGUUCUUAAGAAUCUUGAUUCGAGAACUUUUAAUCUCUUAAGAUUCCAAUGUUUUUUGGAGACCAGCUCUUCCCCCAUGCGUUCAGUGUGCAAUGGACUUAUAAGUGAAGACAACGAACUCAUUUCGUUAAUCCAACGUUCAUUCAUUUGGGUUUUGUUCAUCCCAUAUAUGGCGCAUUCACAUCUGUGGAGUCAAAGCACUUGGUUUAAUUUCUUGUUUUCAAGCAAUAGUCCAGAUUUAUGUGUGGAAAGCUGUGGGAUCAAUUUAGUAUACCGGCACAACAUGGAAGAGUUAACACGUAUAAUGGCACGAUGCUCUGCCCCGUUUGAUAGGUUGCUUGACAACACUAGCGAUCCCAAAAAAGUAUACUAUAUGUGGGACAACUUUCCAGGGAUAUUCAUUGAAGCUACGAGCUCUAGUGAGUACCUACACCCUAGGUUAUUCAUUUCUCAAGGGGACACUAGUGUAACUGCACAGUAUUCUUAUCAUGAGGAUGACCCAUACCCUGAUAACCAGUUCCGGUACUUUCAUCCGUCCACUCCGUAUAAUUUUUGCUUCCCCACAAGAAGAACUCUAAAGUGGUUUAAUCAUCAAAGUCGUGGGCACUCAAUCUCAAUUGACAUAACCUCAAAUUUGUACGAUGACAGUAAUUGGAUGGGGUUAGCACUAUAUGCAUCGUUUUCUAUUGAUAAGGAUGACACCUUUUUUAAAAAUAUGGUUUCAAUUUCUUCACCUGAUCGAUUCCUAUAUUGUCAAUUCGAGUUGAGUAGAGGUAGUCUGGAUCAAAUCCUUGUUUGCCGCAUCAAUUGUGAAGAAAACGAAUGGUUACUUAAUCUAUUUGGAUUCAGUUGGAUAUCCUACAUACCAGGUGAGGCAUUUAAGGAUGUGUUGAAUCAGUGUGACCAUAUGAAGGCUUCAUUUGUAAGUGAUUGGCCAAGUGUGAUAGUGCAAAAAUGUGGGCUUCGUCUUUUGUACCAGCAUGAUCGGUUACAAUUUGAGCGAGAAGUACAACAUUGCAACACCUUGAUUUCUGCAUUUCAGGAUUUCGUACGGUGGUUUCGGAAAGAAGGAAUUGUGCAUUAUGGUUCUGACAUAAUUUCAGAAACACCCAAUAAGCUUUCUUAUUCUAUACAUCUACGUAAACCUAACAAAAUGAAGCUGGAGCAUCAAACUGCAAUACUUGAAAAUCCCAACUCAACAAUUUCUCACCACCUUAUUUGUCUUUUAGAAACUGAUGUAGCCGGUUCGGAGCAUUUACUUGUCCAUCUCACUAAUAAUGAAGAAUUCAUAUGGCUAGAUACAGAAGGGCAAUUUCUUUGGUUGUCCUGUAUUUCACGUGGGAUGUUACCAGAUGAGUUCAAUCAAUCUGGUUGCAUCAAAGCUUCAAUUAUAAGCGAUUGGCCAGGUGUGAUGGUGCAAAAAUGUGGGCUUAGUUUCUUUCAUGUGAAUGAUGACUGGUUUUGUGAGAUGAGAUAUCAUUGUGAGAAGGAAUAUAUAUUUCAAAAUUUCAUCAAUCAAAUGACAGCAGUGCACAAUUUUAAAGUGCAAGAGAAAGAUCUGACUGAGCUCGAACAGGUAGUAAGCAAUGAUUAUCUACAUCUUGGAAGUUCCACCAAAGAUAACUCGGUUGUAUCAUGUCAAAGAUAUUCCACGCUGAAGGAAAGUCUCGAAUCAUUGCUUUUAGGAUUGAAGACUGGGCGAAAAACCACAAAUAUGAUUAUAUCAUCCCUUAUAUUACAGUUCCUGCCUGGUUCCGUAAUCAUCGUUUUUGUUCCAGCAUAA